CACACGUACUACAGAGCGGCUACACAUUUCCUGGGGAAGGAAAAAAUAUGAGCGCGGCGAAAUUUUCUCGUCUUGUUGGGGUAGCCGUUCGCGGACCUCUCCGCCUAGAACUGAGAGCAGUCUCAACAUCUACCACAAAGUUGACCGAACUGAAGCCGAACAUUCCCCCUCCAGAACAACUUUUCGUCCCUCUGUCAGUUCCCACGAAACUUCUUUUCGGACCAGGCCCAUCGAAUCCAUCCAUGAGAAUUUAUAAUGCGUCUGCCAUGUCACUUCUUGGCCAUUUACAGUCUGAUUUUCAUCAUGUUAUGGACGAGACGAAGGCUGGUCUGAAGUACGUAUUUCAAACAAACAACAAGUACACGUUGGCAAUCACUGGUGCGGGACAUGCUGCAAUGGAAGCUUCGAUCAUGAACCUGGUAGAACGCGGAGAACGCAUUCUGGUUUGCAACAACGGGAUGUGGGGUGCCAGGGCACAAGAAAUCGCCGAGAGGCAAGGUGAAAUAAAAAAAAGGUUUUUUUUUUUCUUAAUCUUAAUCAUGUAUGACACCGGUUAAAGUCCAGUCGCAUUCCUUCUUCGUUUACAUUUCAAAAGAAUUGUUUUUGUUUUUUUUUUAUUGUUAUUAUUAUCAUUUUUUUUUGCGCUCUUGUUGUUAAUGCUGCUACAGAGGCGUCUGAUGAAAUUUCUGAGCUCUAAUCUGCGGUCUUAGUUGUGACACGUUAUGUGAGUAAUCUGGUCUUUGUUUAAAUAUAUCCAACUGUGUUAUACAUCUAAGUGGGUAGAGUGUUCUUUAGUUUACUUUUGACUUAAAUAGUUAAAUUCAUUUUCAAUUAAUUUCACAUUUUCGUCUUUAAGUAAACCUUUUGUCCCAUUUAAGGAGAUACAGAUAAUUAAUAAAGCAAGAAGCAGAAUUCUAAAAAUAGAUAAAAAAAUGCAAACAUUGCAAAGGAUACAUCUACCCUACCCUUCCCACAAGUAAAUGUCAGCAGGUUUCUAUGACAAUAAUAAUUCAUCAAGAAUAUUGUUUGAACUUCACAAUUUUACCUUGAUAGAUUCUAUGGGAACAUGAUGGUAAUUCAGUUUGGUUACAAUAACAACCAUUUGUCAAGGCUACAGUAUCAAUUUUAUUUCUUUUUCAGAUUCUAAAAAUAGUAAUUUGUAUUUAUCCUAUUACCGAUGGAGUGUAUCAAAAAUAACUAAAGAUAUUGUUGCAGCCAUCUAAGAGUAAAAAGAAAAUAUACUGGCCAGCAACUUAAUUGUUUUAAUAACAUUGUACAUUUACUCAGCUUAUCAGUUGAUGAAUGAAACAAUUUUAAAUGACCAACUGAAGAUACAAAUUUCAUGACUUAGCUAAUAUCACAACUCCAAAAAUUAACUUUCACAGUCAAAACUAAAUAAAUGACAAUUUUAACAGUAAUGAUUAAAAGUUGUAAUCACAGCAAUCUGUAUCUAGCUUGCAAUUACAUUAACAUUUCCAGCAGUCACUUUCUCUGUUUUUCAGACGUUGAGAAGUUUCAACCAGAAAUAUGUCAAUACUCACAUCUUGAUUGUCAUUAACAUCAUAAACUCACUUUAGAUGUCAUGUGCACUGUUCAAAAGCACAACUAUUGCUUCAGGCAAAUUCAAUAAACCUAAUUUGUUAAGUGACAAAGUGUUUGUUUCCAAAGGAUGUGAUGUACGUGUUCUAGAAAAAUCACCAGGAGACUACUAUACUAAAGAAGAGAUUGAACAGGUAAAAUAUCCUGAUUUCAUAACUAUUCAUAACUAAAAUUUCAGUAUAUGCAAGUGUAAUCCAUAAUACUUUGCAAUUCUCAAAACAGUGAAUAUAACUAUUAUUUAUAUUACAAUAAAUUAUUUCACAUUAACAGGGUUCUCAAGAAAGUAGUACCAGCCAUUGAUUAGUGAUUAUUUUGGGAUGCAUGGCCGCUUUACACUCUACACGCUCUACUCUUUAUUUCUACAUCAUUUAUCUAAGUGGUAUCCAUAUUUAAAGUUGACUAGAGACCUUCUUCAAAUCCUAUUGAAAGCUUUGAUAAUGAAAGGAUGCUUUUCAUUCCCAAAUCAAAAGCUCACUUAUUUAUUUCUUAAAAAAACAUAUAAUUUUUCUUCUUUAAAGGGUCUUAAAGAGCACAAGCCAUCUGUCCUUUUUAUAGUCCAUAGUGAGUCUUCUUCAGGGAUCUGUCAGCCACUGGAGGGCAUUGGAGAUUUGUGCCAUAAGUAAGAGGAUCUCCAUCAUCUUACUUAAUUCUUAAAUUCCAAACAAAUUAGCUAAUAGUAUGUUAAAACUAUUUUAGACCAAAGCAAUAAUUAUUUUUACUUUUACUACAUGCUCUAUUCUGAAAAUUCAUCUAUGCACAAGUACUUGCAGCUCACUGUAUUAUUAAUAACAGCAUUCUUUAAAUUCUGUUUUUUUUCCUUUGUCUGUUUUUUCUUUAUUUUGAGUAGUAAACUUUUCAAUUUAUAAUAUACAUAAUGACCUUUCUGAAAUUCUCUCUUUUGAUCACUCAUCUUCCUAUCUGUACAAUUAUAGACAUAAUUGCUUGAUAAUUGUGGACACAGUAGCAUCUCUUGGUGGAACACCUUUUCUCACUGAUGGCUGGGAUCUGGACUGUGUCUAUACAGGCUCUCAAAAGUGCCUAGGUGCACCUCCAGGAAUUUCACCAAUCACAUUUAGCCCUAGAGCCAUGUAAGUGAUCAUGUAUUUCUAUUUUUUGAGAAGACUCUUCUACAAAAUUUAAGUACUUUGGUUUCAACUCUUUCAGUUUCUCUGAGGCAGACUUUCAGGAACUUGUAAGUUCAUAGAGCAUGAGAAAAAAAAGCAUGUAACUUUAAUUUGAAGAGAUAGAGUUUCAUUUGUACACAUGUACCUCCUUGCUUUUAGACUACAGAGGAAUGUCCUCUGUGUCAAAUUAGCUUUUGUGAAAAGGUUAGAAUUAUUUUACUCCUUCCUAACUCUAUCUAGAUGCAACACAAAAAGCUUGAGGCUUACCAUCUCCUUGUAGCCAUCAUCCACCACACUAAUCCUUCACCCUUUGACCCCUGAGUUACAAGGAUCUUAUUUCUCCUUACAGUAUCACACCCAAAUCACACAUUAAGUUCAUGAGAAUUAAGCAAAUGAUCACUAACUAAGGAAGCUCUUAGAUUGUUAAACAAAUUCUCCAUGUCAGUAUGUUAAGAAAUGUUUGGAGAACAGUAUGGAAAAUAUGUAUACUAAUGUUGGGGUGUAAUGGGUUAAGAGUGUUGUACAAAGGGCCCAAACAGUAAAGGAAAUUAACCAAAACACUCAUCCCAACAUCUUUAUGUACUUCUUAGUGUACAUACAUUCAAUGCACAAUCUCUUUUGUUUUCAUUUUCAGGGCAAAAGUAAACAGCCGGAAAACUAAAGUUCCAUCUUUCUACCUGGACAUUAAUGAACUUGGAAACUACUGGGGCUGUGAUGAUGGACCAAGGAGGUAAAUAUUUGUUUUAUGCAUAUUUCAAUAGUUAAAUAUUUUCAUAUUUCACUCUUAUUUUUAUUGCAUAGAAAACAAAAGCACAAUUAACAAGGAAAACCAUAUUACCCUUCAAAUUUUUUUUUUCAGACAUGGGUUUAAACACGUGUAACUAAGGCAAUCAUGUGCCUCUGCCUUUUGUAUGUAUGAUUGGCUUCAGUAAAUUAGUUUUAUUGUGUAAUGAAUUUUCCUUCUUUAGGUAAAAUUUUUACAUCUAAAGUAUUCAAAAUUAUCAUAACUAGUUUGUAUUUGUUCAACAUGGAACAUUGUGCAUGCAACUCUACCCUUUCUGUUGCUGCUCACAAUGGUAUUUCAAAGAACAAAUUACACAAAAAACCCCCUUGAAUUUGAGUAACCAUGACAUCUUCCAAAAAUAAAAGUAUUCUGAUGUUCAAGUUUCAUUGUUUGUUUGUAGGUAUCAUCACACAGCAGCAAUAAACUUGGUUUAUGCAUUAAGAGAAAGUUUGGCUUUGCUUGCAGAAGAGGUAUACCUUCUAUUUAAUUACUGAAAAAGAACAUUAACAGUAGUCUGAGUUAUAAUUGGUACAAAGAUAUAGCAGAGGGGUUAAUAUCUCCUAGCAAUAAGAUAUCUACAUAUAUCAUGAACCCAUGCUGUUCCAAAGGGAACAUUACUGCACUAACUUCCAUUAUUGUAUCACACUGAAAAGCAAGUACGGAAUCAAUAUGUAACUACUGACUUUAUUUCCUCUAUCAGGGAAUUGAAAAUUCAUGGAAACGGCAUAAUGAUACAAUUGAACACCUCUGGGCUGGAAUUGAAAAGAUGGGCUUAGAGAUGUUUGUCAAAGACAAGGUGAAUUUUUCAUUUAAUUUUUACCCAAUGAAAUGUACAUCAGUAAAAAAUUCAGUAUUUUCUAUUGCUAAUGAUUACAUAUUAAGAUGUUUACUCAAAAUUAUUCUAGAUAGUUACCUUUUUCUAUAUAUUUGAUCGCAUCGAUAUCAUGUUUCUACAGAGAUCGAAACAAUUUCGUUUCUUGUAAUAAUUGUACUUGACUUGUGAAUUUGUAUUGUAAAUUUAAAGUAAAAAAAUAACUAUUUCUACAAUGUUAAUAAUCUUGAUAUCUUUCUAGGCCCUUCGUCUUCCAACAGUGACGAGUGUAAAAGUCCCUGAAGGAUUUCCAGAUUGGAAAGCUGUUCCAGAUUAUCUUAUGAAAAAGUAGGCAAAAACACAAACAAUUGUAGCAAAACAAGCUUGGCUCCUCAUUCUCUGUGUGUACAUGCAAAUUAUGGCAUGCUUACCAAUUUAUCUUUGUAUAACUAUCUCCUUCUGUUCUUGCGCGAAAGUCUGUUUGUAUCCAUGCAUUCAUGAAUGAGUUACACCUAAAAUUACGCUCUAUCCUUAAUGAACGUUUCCUGUCACAGUCACCAUCUUGAUUUCAAGUAGAGAAAUACCGCUGACUAACUUUAGGAGUUCCAUGUCUGUCAACGAGCGAGAAACCUUUAGUAACCGACUUUAUCAAUAGAUAAUCUGUUCAUAACUAUUUCCCUCUGUUCUUGCAAGAAAACCUGUUUGCAUCCUUUUAAGCCUGCAGUAAAAUUUAGUGCUAAUCAGAAAACUUCUUUUUUCCCUCCUCCUCCUCAGGUACAAGUUAGAAAUUGUUGGUGGUAUGGGUCCAACAGUCGGAAAGGUUAGUAACCGAGUUGCACGAGCAAUGAUACGGAUUUGUUCGAACCGUAAAUCUUUUAUCGUUAUUUGCUGGAUUUUCUUAAAGGUAUCUCCUCGCUGUGCCAUUAUGCUUCAAAAAUCCCAGUUCAUUUAGGGUUUGAGGUGUGGCAGACAGGGAGAACCGUCCUGACGAUGAAUAAUGAUGAUUAAUAAUAAUGAUGAAUCGUUCCGUCGAUGCAUGUAAGAAGUAGGGAGGUGGGGAGAAAUUAACAUCCCUCUUCGUUUUUACAAUAUCUACACUAGAAAAUUAAGCAAAGAGGGAUGGAUUUUUAAUUUGGGUAGAGAUAAAAUAGGUGUAACAAACUGAUCUCCCCUCAAGAUCACGCCUGCUAUGCAGGCUAUUUUAUAAGUCCAGUUUACUCCCUAGCUUUUGGAACGCCUCAACAGAUCUUGCAUUAUUGGUGGUGUAAACGUCUUUGUGCAUAGGGUAGGGUAGUCAAGGGGGUAUAAGUCCGACGUUACCCCCCCCCCCCACCUCCUGCCUUUCAUGAAAAAGUUGUAAUUAAUAGAAGUAAUACAGCUCAGUAUGCUGUCAAAUACUAGCACGCAGCCGGCAGUGCGGGACUUUUAAAAACCUGUCCUGGCCCCAGUUGGAGUGUGUAUUGUUAUUUCUCAUUUUCCUCUGUUUUUUGUUUUUUUUUUAAGGUGUGGCGUGUAGGAUUUAUGGGACAUAAUUCGUACAAGGAGAAUGUUGACCUGUUCUUACGGUUAUUUAAAGAAGCAAUAGAUUCAGUAAAGAACAGCUCAUGAAAACUGGUUACUGGAAAUUGAACGUGCAAGAAGGCGGGCCCAAACUCUCGUCGAAUUUGCAACAAAGCUAUAAAGAACAAUCAAGAAAUGAAGUUGAGAUAAGGAAAAAUAUUUAUUUAUAAUUCGCCAAAGGCGAAGUGAAUAUUGUUGAAUAAUCCCCGCGACGAAGUCGAGGGAAUUAUUCAACAGUGUUCACUGAACCUGAGGCGAAUUUUCUUUUUAGUAUUUUUAGUAAUUACUCAGGUGCUUUCGAAUUCUGUUGUACUUUCUGUAGAUAAAGUAAGCAUUACGCAUGUUUUAUUACAAUUGUGGUGAAUAGUCGUAUCAAGAUUAGCAAGGAGUUUUAGCAGGUUUAUUUUAUUCAGUCACCAAAAAAAUUCAUACAUUUCUUUUGAAAAGGGUACGGCCAAACUUAAUAGUAUAAUUUGUGCUCUUCGCAAUAGAUUUUGUUCCAUUGCGUUUAUCACCUUCUCAGAAACAUUGACAAAACGCGAGGCAGACAUCAUGAAACUUAGCGCCCUUUUUAUAAUCACCUCGGGCGGGGUGAUUAUGGCUAGAUAUUACACUAUCCUAGACUAAUCAGAGCGCGCGCAUCUCAAUACUCACCUCAGCAAUAGUAUUAAACUAAAAUUAUCAGUUAAAGUGUAGAACUGAAAAUGUUAUUGAUCAAAUUAGAGAUAGAUCCACGUCUACGGAAUUAACCAAUGAUAAUUCAAAAGAUUAUUUUUAGAAUAUUGUUCGAUGUGAAAUGUCCUGUCUCAUCCGAUUAAUUAACGUAUGCAACCGAACGUAAAGUAUUUCGGAAAAGUUGGUGUAAAUGUGUAUUUGUGAUCAUGAGUGCAAGUGUAUAUUUAAAUGUAUUUUCAACGUAAUAUAAAGCCUAUUAUUAUAUAUUUUCAAUGCGAGAGGAAUGUUAAGCGAGGGAUUUCAAUUUUACAGUGGGUAAUAAUGAUAUAUAUUUAUGUUUUUUUCAUCCUGAUAAGGCUGGGAUUUAAUUACACCCUAGAAAUCCCCUUCCUUAAUAUUAACAACCUUGUAUUGAAUAUUAUUCAAGGACUUAGUAGAAUAAAAUUUCGUUAGUUUUUCUCUUGAGGGUUUACCAUUCUGAAACAAAAACUUCUGGAAGCAAAUCUAGGUAGAUAGUGUUUUCGCUCGCGGGAAAGAAUGAGGCCUUGACGAGAGGUUUGCUGGGGAUCUAAUUAUUAUUAGUGCCAGACCCCCCGCAAAUGUCUCCUCGACUCAGCUUGUCUCAGAUAUUCCCGCGGGUGAAGACAGCGCAUCCUGCUCGCGUCUUGCUAUAUUCGUUGUGAGAGGUUAAGCCAAGGAAAUUAGUGCUUUGCCUUUAAACCAUCCCUCUUUAUCUAACAGUAGAGCUCGCUUAAUUGAAAACUAAGUUAUAAGUAUCUACACAAUUCUUGAUUGUGAAAUGGAACGUUUCACGCCGUAUUCAUUCUGACUUGGCCGACCCUGGGUGGGUAUCUUUUGUACUGCUCUAUUCGGGAA